AUGGAGGAUUUUAAGGCCCUAAAAGAGAAGAUUUUGAAAUCGAAGAGUCUGUAUGAGGACCCUCAUUUCCCGGCAGAUUCCCGGUCGUUGUACUUCAGAAGCGAGAGCGCCCCAAGCAUACAGUGGAAGAGACCUCGGGAAAUUUCUUACAACGCUAAGUUUCUAGUUCAUGGAGCCAGUUAUCAUGAUAUGCAACAGGGAGCACUGGGUAACUGUUGGUUCAUUGCUGGUGCUGUAACCCUGGCAGCAUCUAACUGGAAACUAUUUCAGAGAGUUGUUCCCCUUGACCAAGACUUUGACAACGAUUAUGCAGGCAUCUUCCGAUUUAACUUUUGGCAAUAUGGCGAGUGGAAGGAGGUGGUGGUUGACGACCGACUGCCCACGCGCCAUGGUCAACUCAUCUACGCUGCAAACCUGAAAGAGACUAACGAGUUCUGGUGUCCUCUCUUGGAGAAGGCGUAUGCAAAACUGUACAGCUGUUACGAAGCUAUCGACGGUGGGCGGAUACACCACGCCCUUGUCGACAUGACGGGCGGGAUCUCCGAGCUCAUUCAAAUGCAAGGAGGAAUAUCAUUGGAUAAACUUCAGACGACGCUGAUGUCCUGUAAAAAGAUGAACACGUUGAUGGGAGGAUCCAUUUUCAAUCGACCCGGAUCAAGUGGUCGUGAAAGUAAACGAAUGAACGGAUUGUAUGAAGGUCACGCCUACAGCAUUGUCGACAUUAGAGAGAUUGAUCAAGAAGGAAAACGGACAACGCUGUUACGCCUAAGAAACCCGUGGGGUAGAGGUGAAUGGAACGGACCGUGGAGUGAUGGGUCACCAGAAUGGAGGCACCUUCAUCACUCUGAUAGCAUGACAAUAGACCAUGCAAAGAUUCCUAAUGGAGAAUUUUGGAUUUCCUUGGAAGAUUUUCAAGAACAAUAUGACGAAUUGGAAAUGUGUCACCUUUACCCCGAUGCGUUAUCCUCCGAGAUUGCCAGUGUAGAGAAAAAGAAACAGUGGUCAGUGCAGGAAUUCUACGGUUCUUGGAUUCGGGGCGUGACGUCAGGCGGUCCUUUUACAAGUUUCACCUCAAAAUUAUUUUGGAAGAAUCCUCAGUACAAAGUACACCUCGACAAGGCGGACAAGCCAAUCAGUGUGAUUGUUAACCUGAUGGAAGUGUCUGACAAGCAAGUUCGAGAUGAAAAUGACGUUGAUAUUGGCUUCGUCAUAUUCAAGCUUCAGGAAGGUCGGGAACCCGUCCGUCUGUCCAGAGACAAUGUCUACGAGUUUAAGCCAAGGUUGGAGAAAACGUCUGGCAUGUUUUGGGCUUACAGAGAGAGGACGUUGCGAUUUGAACUGGAGCCAAGCACCUACAUCAUAGUACCGUGCACCUUCAAGGCUUCCAUGGAUGCCGAUUUCUAUCUCAGAGUCAUGGCGGAAGAACAACAUGAAGUAGAGCCAGUCGACACACCCACUGGACCCAUUGGGGAUUAUGUUGAUGCAGCAAACAACAGUCUGGAAAAAUUAUUCCACGACCAGGCAGGAUCCGAUGAAAGAGUAGACGCCAUUGGUUUGAGACAUGUUCUCAGUGAGCUGAACAAAGGAGGUAAGUCCGAGUAG